AUGACACGAAUGACCAAAGCGCUCUAUCAAGUGGCUCAGAAACUCAAACCAGUGGGCCCGCCACCAUCCCACACCAAGCCGAGCCCCCCUACCGCCUCGAAGCACGAAGCCAUCCUCCAGUCCGCUGACGGUACCCCCUUCCGCAUCCCGCUCGACGCCCUCGAUACGCUCGCUGCCCGUUCGAAAUUCUUUGAGGACCUGGCGGACGCUCCACUAAGCGAGGACCCGGACGAUGACUUUAUCAUUCCCCUCGCGCACGCCACCACCCCCGUCCUCCAGCUGAUCCUGGACAUGUGCGUCGCCGACAAGCCCUUCACAGUCUCGUCCGACUCCCUCCCUCUACUCGAUGACCUCUUGGACGCCGUGUUCGAGUACAACCUCCCCGUCGCACUCGACCGCCUGGUGUUUGACCCUGAGGACCAGACGGCUUUCUUGCAGUUUACUCUCUGGGCCGUCCGCUUGGUCCUCGACGACGACUAUGGAACGCUCGCCAACUUGAGCAAGUGGUUCAAGAAGCUCUUGGGAGACGGCGCGGUCCCACGCGAGGCCUUUGGCGCGGUCGCCCUCCAUGUUCCACCCUCAAGUGUCAAUGAGUGGGCCGCUGCAACGCUGGCCACCCGCGCGCCCAAGGCUUGGGACUCGUUUAUGCGCGUGUACACCCGCCAGCAGCUCGUUCUGGACCAGCUCCUUUCUGUGGACAUUGACGCCGCGAUUGUUGAAGUGCACUCUGGCCACGACUGGUCGUGCCCAUGCUAUACCGACUCACACGAUUCGGACGCAGACUCGGACACCGAUACCGUCACGCAGUCCAACCGGCCCCAUAUCACAAUCACGUCUGCAAUGGUCAACAAGUUCCACGCCCUCCGCCUCGCCCAGAGCGGCACGGUCACGGACCCGAGGACGUUUGUGUGGCUUGCGUACCACACCAUCAAGUGCUCUGCAUGCCGUUGGGAGGUGAGGGACGAUAUUGCUUGGGUGUGGGCCACGCGCAGGGCGAGGGACAGUUGGGGCAACUGGAUCAAGGCGGUGGAGAAGAAGGUCGUCCGUGAAGGCGGUGGCUGGGAAUGGGACACGGAUAAGGCGAUCAAGUGCCUCUGGCAGGGAAAGUGGUUGCAGUAG